GCCCCAGAGACUGGAGAAAGUCUGGCUCUCGCUGCUUCAGGUUUUUCUCCAGGUCUGUGAACUGGGUCACAGCAGAGAGAAACUGUCAGAGUCUUGGUGGGAAUCUGGCUUCUGUGCAUAAUCAAAUGGAGAAUGAUGUUCUGCUGAGUCUGGUGCCGAGCUCCACACGCUGCUGGAUUGGUGGCCAUGAUGGUGAACAAGAUGGACAGUGGUUGUGGUCUGAUGGCUCGUCGUUUGGUUACACCAACUGGUGCUCAGGAGAGCCUAGUAGCGGGUCUGAGCACUGCUUGGAGAUCAACUGGACAUCGACCGUUGCUGGAACAAUGGGGCUGUUCGACCACAAUGGGCUAUUUGUGUGCUAA